UCAGUUGGGCCGGCCCAAGGCUAAAAAUGUAAACCGAGCGACUUCCCAAUCUACACCGUUGCUUGCAGAAAAAGCCGAAACAGAGAAGCGACGAUAUCGAUACCAACCAAAGCCUUCUCAGCUGAGUCAGCUCCCACUUCCCUGUCUCCCUCACCUAAAUAUAAACCCCCCUCUUUUUCAUUCUUUGUCUCCAAACGCUCUCCCUUUCCCUCAGAACAAAACUUCUCUCAGUUCCCUUUUAUUGACAAGUACAGAAAAUGUCGGCUUUCAAGAGCAAAUACCAGGCUUCUGGUUGGUUAGUGAUAAAUCGAAUACUAAGUACGCCAUACAGAAGAAUGAAUCGGGAAUGAAAAUUAUGGGUCUGGACGAGCUUAUUGCUAAUGCUGCAUACAUUGGCACCCCUGGGAAGGGUAUCCUUGCCGCUGAUGAGUCAACUGGUACCAUUGGCAAGCGUCUUUCCAGCAUUAAUGUCGAGAAUGUUGAGGAGAACAGGCGUGCUCUCCGAGAGCUUCUGUUCACCACUCCUGGUGCCCUCCAAUACCUCAGUGGAGUAAUUCUUUUUGAGGAGACCCUCUAUCAGAAGACAGCUUCUGGUAAGCCCUUUGUUGAGCUUUUGAAGGAAGGUGGAGUUCUCCCUGGUAUCAAGGUCGACAAGGGCACUGUUGAGCUUCCUGGUACCAAUGGUGAGACCACCACCCAGGGUCUUGAUGGCCUUGCUCAGCGUUGCCAGAAGUACUAUGAAGCUGGUGCUCGAUUUGCCAAAUGGCGUGCUGUGCUCAAGAUUGGCGCAACCGAGCCAUCGCAGCUGGCCAUCAAUGAUAAUGCCAAUGGUUUGGCCCGAUAUGCUAUCAUCUGCCAGGAAAACGGCUUGGUUCCCAUAGUUGAGCCAGAGAUUCUGGUUGAUGGACCCCAUGAUAUUGAGAAGUGUGCUGAUGUGACUGAACGUGUGCUUGCUGCUGUUUACAAAGCUCUAAAUGAUCACCAUGUCCUGCUUGAGGGAACUUUGUUGAAGCCCAACAUGGUGACCCCAGGAUCUGAGGCACCAAAGGUUGCACCAGAGGUGAUUGCUAAGUACACUGUUACGGCACUACAGCGAACUAUGCCUCCUGCAGUUCCCGCAGUUGUUUUCUUGUCUGGUGGUCAGAGUGAGGAGCAGGCAACCCUCAACCUCAAUGCAAUGAACAAAUACAAGGGAAAGAAGCCAUGGAGUCUUUCCUUCUCCUUUGGGCGGGCUCUUCAGCAGAGCACUCUCAAGACUUGGGCUGGAAAGCGGGAAAAUUUUGAGAAGGCUCAGGCUGCCUUCCUUUCCAGGGCCAAGGCAAACUCAGAGGCAACUCUGGGAAUUUACAAGGGCGAUGCAAAACUCAGUGAGGGUGCCUCGGAGAGCCUUCAUGUGAAGGACUAUAAGUACUGAUGAAGUCAAGCUUCUGGCUGUUGGCGAUUUCUUUUGGAGAGUUGAUGCGGUAUGUUUUGGGCUUGUUCUAUUCUCAGGCAUAGGGUUAGGGCACUUUUUCAAUGCUUUUUGUUAUCUCAGUCCUUAUAGGAUGGUGGUGGAAUAAUAAAGCUCGAGGAGCAUUCGCUUGUUGAGCUUGGGUUUUUCAGCCAAGAACUUCUUAUAUCUUAUGUUUCUAUUUGCUUUCUAAACAAAGUAUUAUGAGUCAAAUGACUGUCGUUUCAUUCUACAA